CGCAGCUGCACCAGAACCGGACUGCAGGACUCUUGUCAGCUUGCAGGGUGUCUUCUUUGUCGUUGUCAUUUAUCUUCCUAAAAAAAAGAAAAGAAAGCAUGGCAGAGAAAGUGCAGCUGAAAUAUGCAACUGCACCUCUCCGUCCAGCAGCUUGCACCUCUAAGCAGAGCAACAAGAGCCAGACUGAACAUGCGAUGAGCAAAAAGAGACUGGACCAAGCCAGAGCUCAGACCAGAGUCAACAUCGGUGUCGCUUUUCAACGAUGGCGACAGCUGAGAGAAGUGAAGGGCCUGAAGAGCGACGCCAUGGUGGCUGUGUUUCUGCUGGACAGUUAUGAGAAAGAUUCAUCGUUCACACCUUCGGAGCAUGGAUCGACGGAACCCCCCCCUGCUGUUUCCAUCAUUUUAGCGGAAUCUCUCUCCGACCGAGAUGAUGACUUCUCAGUAGCUGGAGUCGAGGAGUUGGACAACAGCAGCACUCAGGAGACAGAGAUUCAGGAAUUAGAUGCAAGUAUUAAAUGGGAAGAUGACACGUGGUAUUCUGAUCAGGAGUCUGUGUCGUCGUUAGAGGAAGAUGAAACGGGGGAAGUAGACACAGACUGCGACGACAGCGAUGAUGAAGAUUAUAUGCCUCGUAUGUGUAGGACUGGCGCUGCUCUGAAGACCAAGAUGUGCUUGGAUGCGCUUCCACCUAUCAGCAUGGAGGACUCUGUGCACGAAAGUUUUACAGGAUCAGCUGAACUCAGCAGCUCCCACGAGGAGCUUCAGGAGAAGCCGUCUGACGAGCCGAAACACAACCAGGGGCCACGCAGACCCAAGAAGAACUACGACUGUCUGACCUGUGGAAGAGCGUUCUCUCACAACGCCGCUCUGCAACGACACCUUGUGAUCCACUCAGGGAAAAGACCUUUCAAGUGCUUCAUAUGCGGAAGAGGAUUCACCCAGAGUGGAAACCUCAAAACACACAUGAAAGUUCAUAAAGGAGAGUUACCAAAUUGGACAUUAGUCAAAGAGAAGAGUCCCCCUAAAGAGUCUCCUGUCACAGUUCAUAUGUGUGGAGAGUGUGGGAUGGACUUCCCUCAGAAACAGCAGCUGGAGGAACACCGUGAUAGUCACAAGAAGCCUUUCGCUUGUUCCGACUGCGACAAGACAUUCAAAAACGAGUAUUAUUUUAAGCUACAUAAGCGCAGUCACUCAGGAGAUUCACCAUUUCUCUGCUCAGAGUGCGGAAAGAGUUGCCUCACAGCGGACAUACUUAAAAAACACGAGCUGACGCACACCGGAGAGAAGAACUACCACUGUGAACAAUGUGGGAAGGCGUUCUCGCAGGCCUCCCACCUCACGGGUCACCUCAAAACACACAGCGGAGAGCGGCCUCACCUGUGUUCAAUCUGUGGUAAAAGUUACUCCAAGGCGUGCGCUCUUAAGGCUCAUCUGCGAGUUCACACUGGAGAGAAACCGUAUACUUGUGAGAAAUGUGGAAAGUGUUACUUUUACUCUCAAGGUUAUAGAAAGCAUCUGAAGAUGCAUGACAAGAAGCCAAAACCACCAACAAAGCCGCUGGGCAGACCGAAACAACAGCUGUGGAUGGGCUCCGAAAACCCAGACGACUUCGAACCAGCUGUGAUCCUGGCCGAGGAAGAUCAGCAUGAAAUCGGAGGCCUGAUCAACUCUGAUGGAGAAGAAGUGGAUUUCUCAGAUCUCGGAGAAGGCGCUAUCCCUGGCAUUGGAGUGGUGGAGACCCCCUCAAAGACAUUUGGUCAAAGUCAAAAUGAAAAACCACCAUCUCUUCAUAGCUGCUCAGUGUGCGGAAAAGACUUCCCCUACGCCUCUAAACUCCAGCGUCACCUACGCACUCACUCAGGAGAGAGGCCUUUCCCCUGCUCCAUGUGUGAGAAGAGGUUUCCUGAGAAGGGGCUGCUCAUGAUUCACGAAAGGGUCCAUACUGGGGAGAAGCCUUUCCCGUGCACUUUCUGCGAGAAAAGGUUCGCCAGUCAGGGCGAGCUCAGACUACACCGGCGGACUCACACCGGCGAGAGGCCGUAUCACUGCUCUAUCUGUCUGAAAAGCUUCUCUCGCCACUGGCAUCUGAAAACUCACUUGGAGGCGAUGCACUCGGAGGUCGUCGCAGGCUUUACGAGGAAGAAGUUUCCGUGUUCUGACUGCGAUAAGAGCUGCAACUCAGCGGCCGAGCUCAGAGAUCAUCAGAGAACUCACACUGGCGAGAGGCCCUAUCAGUGCUCGUUCUGCGACAAACGGUUUGCUUUGUCGGGAACGCUUGUGAGACACGAGCGUCUCCAUACAGGCAUCACUCCCUACCACUGCUCCGACUGCGGGAAGACAUUUUCACAGCAGUGGACUCUGACGACGCACAUGAGGACUCACACAGGGGAAAAACCGUACAGCUGCACGCAGUGCGACAAGUCUUUCGUGGCUCCCGGAGAGCUUCGGAGGCACACCAGGAUCCACACCGGUGAAAAGCCGUACACCUGCGCGGACUGCGGGAGGCACUUCUCAUUGGCGGGGACUCUCAGAAACCAUAAAAGGUCGUGCACACAUAACAAGAGCGGACCAGCUACAGGUGUCAUCUCAGACUCAGUUCAGGCUACGGUUGGUGAAUCAUCCAAGCAAGACCUGGUCGACAAUAUCACCUCCGAGGUGUGUGACAGUCAGAGUAUACCUGCUGAAGUUCAGGCUAAUUCCUCGGAGGGUCUUAACUGUGACAAAGCCGCCCAGUCUGAAAAUAGCUUGAGAGAGCCAGAAGACCGGCUGGAGGACGUCACUUCCAGUCCACACAUGAAUGUAAUAGUGAAAGAGGAGGAAGAAGAGGAACCUUUAUGCGUAGAUGAAACUCCAGAUGAAUUGUCUGGUAGUGACGAUUGUACCGUGCCAGUGGAAACCGGAGAGCAGCAGCAGCAGCAGCAGCAGCAGCAGCAGCAGCAGCAGCAGGAAAGCAGCACGGAAAUCCAAAUUACUGUCAAGGAGGAAGAAGAGGAACCCGUCAACAUGUUUCGAGAGGAUCCCGAUCAUGCUGCUGACGAGGGGAACGACAAUCCUCCAGCUUCACCGGCGCAGGAACAGCUUAACAACAAUCUGACUAAAAGCUCUUACUGCUGCGGGCUCUGUGGAAGAGACUGUCACAAGAUGUCCGCGCUGCAGAUCCACAUGCGAAUUCACUCAGGGGAGAAACCUUAUCAGUGUUCUCUGUGCGGGAAGCAGUUCACCCAGAAAGGUCAACUCAAAGGUCACCAGAAGGUCCACACGGGAGAGAAACCGUUCUCCUGCCCUGACUGCGGGAAGAGCUUCGCCCACUCGGGGGCCAUGAACAGACACCGGCUCACGCACACAGGAGAGAGGCCCUACCACUGCUCCAUGUGCGACCGAAGCUUCAACCAGUCCGGACGCUUAAGGGAACAUGAGAAAAUCCACUUCGGGGAGAAGUUUGACUGCCCCGAGUGCGACAAGAGUUUCACACGAGCUUCGAGCCUCAAGAACCAUUUCAGGCUUCACACGGGCGAGAGGCCGUACGGCUGCGACAUCUGCGGGAGAGGCUUCAGCCGCUCUCAAAGCCUCAGGCUCCACAAACGGAAACAUGACCUGAUUCAGACUGAGGACGAGUCGGCAUUCAGCGCGAAGAAUGACGAUUUAUCGAAUAGUGACGAUAACUCCCCAAUAAAUAUGUGUAUAACAGACAAAAAUGACUGAAAAUGUAUUUAUAUAUAGAUACGAGUACUAGUAUUAUAAUACUGAUGUCGAGAUUGUAGGCGGUUAAUAAUAAAAGUAAGGGACUACCUCUGUGAAUAGACUGACAGUAAACCUUUACAUGAUGGUUGUACACCAUCAAAGUAUUGAACCUUAAAUAUUUAACUCCCAGAAAGGUGCAGAAAAAAAAUAAUAAACAGGUACGCGUGAGAUGACGAGCAACACUGUUUCAAAGAAAACGACCAAACAUAUUUACUACAAACAAAACUUUUGUAAAAUCUUAAACUGUUUAGAUGGCAAAUUUUAGACGUCAUAUAUACUCUUGUUUAUCACUCAUAUGUUAGCUGCAUCAAAAUAUUGCACUCUCAUUCUAGAGUAUUUAUGGUAGUACAGAAGACUCAUUUAAGGUCUGUGAUUUCACCUCUUCCAUGCAGUAUUUGUCCUUCAAGCUAAUCGUGUAUGUGGAAAUUGGACUAAAGAUUAAUGAUGUUUUUUGUAUCGGAUGUUACGGCGGCCAGCGAGCGUUCUCAGAAUCAGGUGAAACUGGAUUUCAUGAGAUGGGUGUGAGAUAACGGUUUAUCAGUGUCAGUAAUAUUUAACCAGUGAUUAAACAAUGGAGUCAUCAAACAUUCAUUAAGUGUCUGCCAAAACCAUUUUUGCCUUAGUGUUGAUUUCAUUUUUGUUACCUGUGAACCAAAUCAUGAGUCAAGUUCACCUGGUUGAGUCUUCUCUUUAAGGCCAAGUAAACAUUGUGAAUAAAAGAUUCAUUCUCUAAGGUUGUGACACAAAAGGCAAUAAUUGGAAGAAAAUGUAGAUGGUAAAUUUUGCCCAGUGCUGCCUCUGUCUAA